CCUGCCCUGUGAAAUAGAAUGUAUUUAGAAAGUGUGCAAGAGAGAGGAGAAAGAGCAGCGUUUCGGUCACUUACUCCUUCGAUGAAUCGCUCCCGCUUUUGCUGAUCUCCAAACGAUGAGUUCCAAGACAAUGCCGAUGCCGCAUCAUCUCUCCAGCAAAGACUUCCAAUGCCCGAACUUGCAGCUGCUCCGAAGUACCCGAGCAGCAAGCCGGAUCAGAAUGGAAGCAACUGCCGCCCCGACAGCGCCAAGAAAUUCCACGCUAGAAAUCAGUAUCAAGAAGCCGGAACCGGUGUUCGUAAGCAGCAGGCCCAGGCAGAGUUCCAACUUACGUGAUCCGGAGACGACUAUGAGGGACAGAGUGGAAGUCAUCGACUCCAUGAGUGACUGGGCCGUCAAAAGUCUCCUCCCUCUUCUCAAGCCUGUCGAGAAAUGCUGGCAGCCCCAAGACUUUCUUCCCGACUCUUCCUCACCCACAUUCUACGAUGAGGUCUUGGAGCUCCAAAAGAGAGUUUCCAGUCUCCCUGACGAUCACUUGGUGUGUCUCAUCGGCGACAUGAUCACAGAGGAAGCUCUUCCGACUUAUCAGACGAUGUUCAACACCUUCAAAGGCGUGAGAGACGAGUCGGGCUGUAGUGACACGCCGUGGGCAGUUUGGAUCAGGGCCUGGACAGCCGAGGAGAACAGGCAUGGAGAGCUGCUCAACAAAUAUCUGUAUUUGUCAGGAAGAGUCAACAUGAAAAUGGUCGAACGUACCACCCAGUACUUGAUCGGCUCCGGCAUGGAACCUCAGAUCGACAAUGAUCCUUACAAUGGUUUCAUCUACACCUCCUUCCAAGAAAGAGCGACAUUUAUCUCUCAUGGGAACACGGCACGCCACGCAAAAGAAUACGGUGAUCUCAAGCUGGCAACUGUCUGUGGAAUAAUAGCGUCAGACGAGAAGAGGCACGAGAUAGCAUACACCAGAAUCGUCGGAAGGCUGUUUGAGAUCGAUCCGAACGGGGUAAUGCUGGCAUUCCAGGAGAUGAUGAAGAAGAAGAUAACAAUGCCGGCACACCUGAUGACUGAUGGAGAAAACACCAACUUGUUCCGAGAUUAUGCCGUGAUCGCUCAAGACUGCAAGGUGUACACGUCCAAGGAUUACACCGACAUUAUGGAGCACUUGAUUCAGACCUGGAAAGUUGAGAGCCUGACAGGCCUUUCCAGUGAAGCUCAACAAGCUCAGGACUACGUCUGCGGCCUGGUCCAGCGUUUCCGAAAGCUGGAACAGAGAGCUCAGAAGAAAGCCAAGCCGCUUCACAGUGCGGCAAGUGCAAGUCAGUUCAGCUGGAUCCUGAACUCUGGAAAACCUACUAUAUGAACCGUAUUCUGCUGCAUAGAAAGGUUGGUCAUUAGUUUUCUUUUAGUAAAAAUUUACAAAAGCACUUUACCGGAUUCCAGGUCCUUAUAGAUCCACUCUGUAAAUAAUCUGUUAGUCAUUAUAGAAAAAUAUCUGUGUUGUGGAGGA